AUGGAAUCUGGGAGAAGGAGAUGGAAUCUGGGAGAAGGGGAUGGAAUCUGGGAGAAGGGGAUGGAAUCUAGGAGAAGGGGAUGGAAUCAGGGAGCAGGGGAUGGAAUAUGGGAGAAGGGGAUGGAAUCUGGGAGAAGGGGAUGGAAUCGGAGAGAAGGGGAUGGAAUAUGGGAGAAGGGGAUGGAAUCUGGGAGAAGGGGAUGGAAUCUGGGAGAAGGAUAUGGAAUUAGGGAGAAGAGGAUGGAAUCUGGGAGAAGGGGAUGGAAUCGGGGAGAAGGGGAUGGAAUCAGGGAGAAGGCGAUGGAAUGGAGAAGGGGAUGGAAUCUGGGAGAAGGGGAUGGAAUCUGGGAGAAGGGGAUGGAAUCUGGGAGAAGGGGAUGGAAUCUAAGAGAAGGGGAUGGAAUCUGGGAGAAGGGAAUGGAAUCUGGGAGAAGGGGAUGGAAUCUGGGAGAAGGGGAUGGAACAAGGGAGAAGGGGAUGGAAACUAGGAGAAGGGGAUGGAAUCUGGGAGAAGGGAAUGGAAUCUGGGAGAAGGGGAUGGAAUCUGGGAGAAGGGGAUGGAAUCUGGGAGAAGGGGAUGGAAUUAGGGAGAAAAGGAUGGAAGCUGGGAGAAGGGGAUGGAAUCUGGGAGAAGAGGAUGGAAUCUGGGAGAAGGGGAUGGAAUCUGGGAGAAGGGGAUGGAAUCUGGGAGAAGGGGCUGGAAUCUGGGAGAAGGGGAUGGAAUCUGGGAGAAGGGGAUGGAAUCUGGGAGAAGGGGAUGGAAUCUGGGAGAAGGGGAUGGAAUCUGGGAGAAGGGGAUGGAAUCUGGGAGAAGGGGAUGGAAUCAGGGAGAAGGGGAUGGAAUAUGGGAGAAGGGGAUGGAAUCUGGGAGAAGGGGAUGGAAUCGGAGAGAAGGGGAUGGAAUAUAGGAGAAGGGGAUGGAAUCUGGGAGAAGGGGAUGGAAUCUGGGAGAAGGAGAUGCAAUUAGGGAGAAGAGGAUGGAAUCUGGGAGAAGGGGAUGGAAUCGGGGAGAAGGGGAUGGAAUCAGGGAGAAGGGGAUGGAAUAUGGGAGAAGGGGAUGGAAUCUGGGAGAAGGGGAUAGAAUCAGGGAGAAGGAGAUGGAAUGAGGGAGAAGAGGAUGGAAUCUGGGAGAAGGGGAUGGAAUCUGGGAGAAGGGGAUGGAAUCUGGGAGAAGGGAAUGGAAUAUGGGAGAAGGGGAUGGAAUCUGGGAGAAGGGGAUGGAAUCUGGGAGAAGGGGAUGGAAUUAGGGAGAAGGGGAUGGAAGCUGGGAGAAGGGGAUGGAAUCUGGGAGAAGGGGAUGGAAUCUGGGAGAAGGGGAUGGAAUCUGGGAGAAGGGGAUGGAAUCUGGGAGAAGGGGCUGGAAUCUGGGAGAAGGGGAUGGAAUCGGGGAGAAGGGGAUGGAAUCUGGGAGAAGGGGAUGGAAUCUGGGAGAAGGGGAUGGAAUCUGGGAGAAGGGGAUGGAAUCUGGGAGAAGGGGAUGGAAUCAGGGAGAAGGGGAUGGAAUAUGGGAGAAGGGGAUGGAAUCUGGGAGAAGGGGAUGGAAUCGGAGAGAAGGGGAUGGAAUAUGGGAGAAGGGGAUGGAACCUGGGAGAAGGAGAUGGAAUGAGGGAGAAGGGGAUGGAAUCUUGGACAAGGGGAUGGAAUCUGGGAGAAGGGGAUGGAAUCUGGGAGAAGGGGAUGGAAUCUGGGAGAAGGGGAUCGAAUCAGAGAAAAGGGGAUGGAAUCAGGGAGAAGGGGAUGGAAUCUGGGAGAAGGGGAUGGAAUCUGGGAGAAGGGGAUGGAAUCUGGGAGAAGGGGAUGGAAUCUGGGAGAAGGGGAUGGAAUUUGGGAGAAGGGGAUGGAAUCUGGGAGAAGGGGAUGGAAUCUGGAAAAAGGGGAUGGAAUCUGGGAGAAGGGGAUGGAAUAUGGGAGAAGGGGAUGGAAUUGGGAGAAGGGGAUGGAAUCUGGGAGAAGGGGAUCGAAUCAGGGAGAAGGGGAUGGAAUCUGGGAGAAGGGGAUGGAAUCAGGGAGAAGGGGAUGGAAUAUGGGAGAAGGGGAUGGAAUUUGUCAGAAGGGGAUGGAAUUUGGGAGAAGGGGAUGGAAUCUGGAAGAAGGGGGUGGAAUCUGGGAGAAGGAGAUGGAAUGAGGGAGAAGGGGAUGGAAUCUGGGAGAAGGGGAUGGAAUCUGGGAGAAGGGAUGGAAUCUGGGAGAAGGGGAUGGAGUCUGGGAGGGCGGGAUGGAAUCUGGGAGAAGGGGAUAGAAUGA